UGAAUCUCUCAGACACCGUGCCACGUGGCAACCGCGCGUUCGCUGCCGGGGACCACGCGGCAGACGCCCAUUGGCAGGCGACGUGGCCACGUAAGAUCAGUGUACCCUAAAUUUUAGCGUUUUUACUGCAGAAGUAGCCCAGGAUGGAAGUCGCUGGCGAUGGCGCUAGAUCGCUCGGGUUGGAGCUCGGCGGCGCUGGAUUUUGCGACGGCAGCGCGGCUCGAUGCUUAAGCGCGGAGUAGUCUGGUUGUUGAAUCGGGUGUGCUAGCUCCAGGGAUUUUCAAGGAGGAAGGUGAGAUUAGGUGGACGCCGCUGCGAUUGUCACUGGAUAGAUCGUCGCUGCGAGAGGCCGGGCAGAUUUAGGUCUGGUUUUAGGGAAGCGCGAGGGAAUAAUCCUUCGAUCGAGAGGGGGAGCCACAGGAAGGGAUGGUGAAGCUUGGAACGUAUGCGGCCGCGAGUGUGAUUGGCGCCGUGGCUGUGGUCUACCAUGCCUUCUACAGCAGGGAGCAAUUCUACCCGGCCAUGGUUUACCUCAGCACCUCCAAGAUCAGCGUUUUACUGCUCCUCAACUUCGCCUUUGUGGUGCUCUACGCGGUGUGGCAGCUGAUCAAGAUGAUCUUCCUGGGGUCGCUGCGCGAGGCCGAGGUGGAGCGGCUCAACGAGCAGCUGUGGAGGGAGCUCAUGGAGGUUUUGUUCGCCAUGACCAUCUUCCGGGAGGAGUUUAACGUGUCCUUCAUCGCCAUGGUGACAGUGCUCCUGUUUGUCAAGGCCUUCCACUGGCUGGCGCAGAAGAGGGUGGAGUAUAUCGAGAUCACGCCUACUGUCUCUCGCCUCUCCCACGCCAGGAUCGCGUCCUUCAUGGCGUUCCUCUUGGUUCUCGACUCAAUCUUCGUGCAUUCGUCCGUGUCGUAUCUCCUCCGAACGAAGCAGGCAUCGGUGUCGCUCUUUUUCGCUUUCGAGUACGUGAUCUUGGCAACUUCGGUCGUCUCUAUGUUUCUAAAGUACUCGCUGUAUAUGGGUGACAUGUGGAUGGACGGCCAGUGGGACAAUAAGGCCGUGUAUAUCUUUUACUUGGAGCUCGUUCGUGAUCUGCUCCACCUCUCGCUUUAUCUCUUCUUUUUCCUGGUUAUCUUCAUAAACUAUGGUCUGCCCCUGCAUCUGGUUCGUGAACUCUACGAGAUCUUUAGAAACUUCAAAGCCAGGGUGACCGACUUUAUACGGUAUAGAAAAGUGACAUCCAACAUGAACGAGCGGUUUCCGGAUGCCACUGCAGAAGAGCUGGGACGUAGCGAUGCGACGUGCAUUAUUUGUCGCGAAGAGAUGAGCACAGCAAAGAAACUCCCUUGCGGCCAUCUUUUCCAUGUCCACUGCCUGCGUUCGUGGCUAGAGAGGCAGCAGACUUGUCCGACUUGCAGAUCUCCAGUCAUAGCAGCAGAGGGAGGACCGCAGGCUGCAUCACAAAGGCAGCAACAGCAAGGCCAGGCACCCGAAGGACAAGCUACCCCCGCCAACGCCGCGGAAGGCAACGUAUCACCGGAGGCUGACCAAGCAAGAGCAAGGAUGCAAGCUGCGGCAGCCGCGGCCGCGCAAUAUGGCUCGUCUUUUGUUUAUCCUGCAACUGGAGCCUCUGGAACAAUGAGCUGGUAUCCUAUGUACCUUCCUCUAGUUCCGCAGAACCAGCAACCUCUUAAAGACGAAGCGGCAUCGCCACAAGUCGAGAAGAAAGCUACCGCCGACACAGGCGGCAGCUCUAACUCCCCUGGGCAGCUCCACGCUCGACAUAACUCCCCUGGGCAGCCGUCGGUGACUUUAGGUGACCGCGUCUUCUUUCUGCCAAUACUACCAGGGCCUUCUUGGCCCUCACAGUCCAAGUCUGGAGAAAGGUCUGCCGCAACUAGCAGCAGUCCCCAGCAACAGCAGCAGAGUAACGUCCAACACAAGUACCUCCAGAGCACGAUCGAGCUUCUCCGGCAACAGCUCAACGUAGCACUGGAGCUGCAAAAGAGUAUGGGCGACGCGUCGUCUCAAGAGGAGGAGCAGCAUCUAGGAGAUAGCGACGAGGCCUUCCGGGAUAGGAAAGGAAAGGCCCGUGUCGACGAUGAAGGCUCGACUUCGCUCGAAAAGCAGUGAAUCCAGGCAAGAAUUUAUUGUUUUUGUUCUUCCUUAUCGACGACUCCUACAAUAAGAGAGAGGUACAUACAUAAUUUACUCA